AGCGAGAGAGAGAGUGAGAGAGCGAGAGAGAGAGAAAGAGAGAGAGAGAGAGAGAGAGAGGUUGCUGCUGCUUGGGUCUGGACUACUCAUCCUGAAUCCUGAUUUCUUAACUCUACGUUUACUUGUGAGGAGGACAGAGGACGUCUGGACUUGGAGGAAACUUUGCUCCUAAUUCCACAUUGAUGAAUCAAGAGUAGAAAAUUUGAAGAGAUGCAAGCAGAAAAAAGAAAUUAAACCAGCCACCUCCUCAAGGAAGCCUUCUCUGACCAUAGCACCUCGAAUUGAACCAUCUGCACAGCUGAGAACCCUCUCCUCUCCUUGCAUAGCACACACCAUAAUCUGCCAUGAGAGACUGGCCUGAGAGCGAUGCGACAGGCAUGAUGGAGGUCGAGUCCUCCUACUCGGACUUCAUCUCCUGUGACCGGACAGGCCGUCGGAACGCAGUCCCUGACAUCCAGGGCGACUCAGAGGCAGUGAGCGUGCGGAAGCUGGCUGGAGACAUGAGUGAGCUGGCCCUCGAGGGGGCAGGACAGGCAGAGGCAAGCACCACGGACAAGGAAGCCAGCAACCAGCCUGAGAACAGCAGUGGGACCACCUCAUCUUGAGUCUGACCUUGUUCUGGAGGCUGGAAGUGCCCCAUCCCAGAAUGGGAGCCCAGGCACGGGCCCAGCAGUCUCUUCUCUGAGCCCAUGUUUCAGGCCAGACUGAGGCCUCUGUGGUCCCGAAUCUGGGAAGUCCUCUGCCCACACCCACAGGCUCCACGUUCCCACUACCUUCUGUUCACACCCAGGUACACUUUCAAGACGCUGUAACCACGGGAUGUUAUUUAUUCAGCUGGUGCAGGGCUCAGAGUGGGCCCUGCUGACCAGGUGAGCAGCCCACAGGGGACCCUCCUCUUGUGGGCCACCUGGACAGGGACUGUGUCCCAGCGCUCUCCCUCCUUUCCACCCCAGCCUUCCAGGUCAAGACCUUCUUUCCCUUUUUUAGAAAAACACAAACAAAAACACUUUUAAACUUUUUAAAAACUUUAAACCUUUUUUCAGCAGAGAGGGAGGGAGCUGAUAAUUCACUUUUAUUUUGGAAAGCCAUUUUAAGCUCAAUUCUGACCAUCUAUGCAGCUCUGAGGUUCCCUCAUGGAGCUUCACAGACCCAUUUAUAGGGAAGGAAUUUGGGCUCAAAACUUAACAGAGCGAUUCUUUGCCCUUUUUACCAAGAUAAGUGACUUAGGCCCCAGGAAAUAAAUGCUGAUGAUU